CAGGGAUCCAAGUACUUGAGCCAUCAACUGCUGCCUUCCAGGAUGCACAUUAGCAAGAGGUGACUCCUAUAAUGCUCAUGCAAAACGAAGGGACACAGCAUCGGCUGGGGACAGUACUCCAGGGACAAUGAUUUCAGGAUGUGGCCAUAGAAUUCUGAGGAUAGUUGGUGGCGCGCCAGCCCCAGAGCGGAAGUGGCCCUGGCAGGUGAGCCUGCAGGUCAACGAUAAACACGUAUGCGGAGGCUCCCUCAUUGCCCAUCAGUGGGUCCUGACUGCUGGCCACUGCAUAUUUGGCUUUAUGGAAUACACGGUGAAGCUGGGAGAUAUAGACGUCAAUCAUCAAUCCAACAUGGCAGUCGUGGUCCCUGUCCGAGACAUCGUUAUGCACCGUGAUUAUAGUACUCGGGGAACAAUCUCCAAUGACAUUGCACUUGCUCUGCUCGACUUCCCUGUGAAUUACUCCACACACAUUCAGCCUGUGUGCCUCCCGGAAAAGACCUUCUUGGUGCCAGAUGGGACGACGUGCUGGGUAACUGGAUGGGGCAAACUAGAAGAAAAAGAUGCACCAGAUAAAGCACCAAAGCUGCUCCAGGAGGCUGACUUAACCAUUAUGCGUUACAAGGAAUGUAAUAAGUUACUCAAGAGACUGAUGAACGUUAAGAAUGACAUGGUCAGGAAAGGGACUGUCUGUGGCUAUAGUGAUAAAGGAAAGGAUUCUUGCCAGGGAGAUUCUGGGGGGCCCUUGGUCUGUGAAUAUAAUGAAACAUGGAUCCAGGUGGGGAUUGUGAGCUGGGGCGUUGGCUGUGGUCGUGAAGGCUAUCCUGGAGUCUACACAGAAGUUAGUUUUUAUGUGGACUGGGUCAAAAGACACAUGAAUCAAGCUUCCUGUCUGGAUUCAACGGCCUUCCUCGUCCUACUCCUGUGUCUGGUGUUGCCACUGGGCUCCCUAGCAACCCUGUGAUCACACCAGCCCACUCCCCUCCUGUUUCUUAAUCUCACGCUUCACAAUAAA